AUGCCAGCAUUGGAAACGUGCAGAGAUAUCGGAGACUUGUACGGCCGAAAUGAAAGGAGCAGCAACAGGGUGGCUUAUGUUAAUGGCAAUGGAGUUGGACAGGAAAGUAGUGGCCAUGAUGCAGAGCCUCCAUGUUUGACCAGGAGGCUCUUUAAUGAGCCACCUGUAGAUGCAGCUUUGUCAGGUGAUGUCAGGCCACUGCCGGUGGAGCGAGAGGCGCAACAGGAUGAACUGGUGACCAGAUGUAUCAUUGAAGCACUUUCCAAUGCGCUUUCUAAAGCUAAUGCUCCUCCAGUGACCUCGGAGUGCAGAGAAAUCUUGAACGGCAGGAAACAUGAAGUAGCUGGAAAGAAAAAUGACAGAGAAAGCCAACAUUAUGAAGAGGAGAGACAUGCUGCUGAGGAAUCAGAAAAACGUCAUUAUGAAGAGAAGGGAAGGCAGGAGGCAGAGGAGAGGCAUGAGGGAGAGCAUUAUGAGGCAGAUAAACGAAAGAAGGAUGAAAGCAAGGAACAACAGCAUUACAAACAAACCCAUGAUGAAGAAAGAAGUGAAGAGAAUAACAGUGAAGAGGACAGCAGGAGUACGGAAGACUUCAAACCAGUAAAAACCACCCACCAUGUCGGGGGCCACAGAGACCAUAAUUCCAACCAAGAGUAUCUCAACUAUGAAGAAAGAAGAUAUGCAGUGGUUAGAAGUGAGGAGGAAGAAGCAGAAAAACACAGAAAACAAAGACACAGUGAGGAAGAUAGUGGGCAAGAGGAAAACAGCUCACAAAAGACAGACAGUUUUGAGAAUACAAGCAAUGGAUACCAUCAAAAAUGGCCUCACGGAUAUGACAAAACAAGUGAAGAGUCAUCGGAGGAAGAUAAAGCCAUUGGUUUACAUGGACACUCAAAAGAAAGAAGACGUAGUUCUGAAGAAAUGUACAGUGACAGAGAGAUGGAUGGGCCUGAUGAAGAGCUCAAUAAUCAAGAUAAAAAAAAUGGCAUUUAUGACCAUAAGGAAUCUGACUCUGAAGAGUCAAAAGAGGGAGAUAGUGAAGAAAGAGAGAAGCAUCUUAAUGGUCACAUACAAUACCACAAAAGAAACAGCUACCGUCAUUCUGAGGAGGCUAGGAGAAGCCCCCAGCAAGAUAAGAAGAACUCUGGUAAAUCUGAUGAAUCCAGCAAAGAACUGGAACACAUAAAUAAUAUUCGUAACUACCCUAAGAGAAAUAACAUCCAGGAAGCAUAUGGAAAAGGUAAAUAUUAUUAUGAGGAUAAAGUAAAUGGACACACGAGGAGUAACUCAGAAGAAUCAGAGGAAGAGAAACAACACUAUGAAAAAAAGACCCAUAGUGGAGAAAAAGUACACUACAGUGAAGAAAAGAAACCCCAUGGUGGAGAGGAGGAAAAGAGGCACCAUAACAGGAACACAAGACGUCACAGUGAAGAGGAAGAUUUGGAGGAGGAAGAGGAAAAGAAAUAUCACAACGAGGAAAAGAGGCAUUAUAGUGAAGAAGAUAAGAGGCAUAAUCACAAUGAAAAGUGGCACCAAACAGAGGAAGAUGCAGAUGAGAAGUAUGUCAGCAAUGAAGAAGAUGAUGGAGAAGAGAGAAAUACAAAACACUUUCCAAAAGUGCAGCGGGUUUGGUGGCAGAAAAGGCAGAGGAUAGAGGAUAGAAACACUGGCAGUGAAGAGGAAGCAAAACACAGCAUGGAAAGCCACUUCUAUCCAGAAUAUGAAGAAAAUGAUGGCAAGUGGGAAAAAAGACAUUAUGAGAAAAAACAUGAGGAGGAAGACGGGGGAGAGAAAGAGGAAGGUAAUGAAGAACAUGCUUUAAGACAAAGGUUUGCCCAUGAUUACCAAGAGAAAAAGAUGUAUGACAGAAUGGACAAGCUGGCACAAUAUCUGAAAUCCAAGAAAAAGUCAUUGGAAAUCCCAGUACUUUAUGAUCUUGAAGGAGAUGAAAAGCAAUACCGCAAAGAUGAGAAAAGGAACAUGAACCAUAGAACACUGACUGAAGAAGAGGAGAAGGAACUGGAGAAUCUGGCAGCAAUGGAUUUGGAGUUGGAGAAAAUGGCAGAGAAGCUACACGGGAGUCAAAGAGAUUAA